CCCCACCCUCCCUUUUAUAAAUGCUUUCUUCUAGUGAAACAUAUCUACACAUUUUCUUACAAAUUCAAAGAAAUGGGGGUGGACAUACAAGGCAAGCUCCGAAUAGCUCUUGGCGCAGUGAAGGAUCAUGCAUCAAUUGGGAAAGCCAUGAUCUACAGUCAUCAUGAAGGGAAGGAUUUUUCCAGCAUAGAGGUCGCAGUUGUGCGUGCAACUGGCCAUGAUAGUGGCCCCAUUGACGACAAACACAUGCAUGAGAUCCUCUUCUUGGUCUCAAACUCUCCCGGAUCCAUCCACUUUCUUGCCGAGAGGAUUUCUCGCCGCCUUGGCAAGACCAGAGACAACCUGGUUGCCCUCAAGACACUCUCUCUAAUUCAUCGACUCCUUCGUGGAGGCAAUCGAUGCUUCGAGCAGCAGCUGCGUAAUGCGCAUGCUUCAGGCCAUCUCCAAAUGAGUACUCGCUGCUUCCUAAGGAACAUUUCAGAUCCUUCCGUAAGCUUCAUACACAAAUAUGCAGCUUAUCUAGAGGAAAGAAUAGGGUGGGUCAUCAAUCAAGCAGGGAAGCUUGAACCUGUUAUGUCCCAAGGUGAUCUGGAAUCUCGAUGCUAUGAUGAAAAGUCCAUCGAUAUGGUGUUCAGAAAAUUGCCAAAAUGUCAAGUGUUUAUAGAUAGAGUUUUAGAUUGUUCGCCGUUCAAUAUUUCGCCUUUAGAUAAUCUUGCUCAAGCAGCUAUGAGCAACACCUUGAAAGAGAGCUUCCAAGUUUACAAGAAAUACAGUGAAGGUGUAGCAGCUCUUGUUAAUAUGUUCUUUGAUUUAACAAGGGCAGCUAGAGACUUGGCCUGUCAAAUACUAAGGAGGGCUUCUCAGCAAAGCCAGGAGCUUCAUAAUUUGUUUGAGAAUUGCAAACGAAUUAUCGAAAACAAGAACUUGGACUAUCCAGUGGUACAAAUCGUCACCAUGGAUCAUAUUAUGGCACUGGAGCAGUUUUCGACCUAUAUUGCAACUUCCCGCAGCUCGUCAGUCCUGAGCAAGAAUGGUUCAACACCUCCCAUUUUGGAUUGCAUAACAAAGUCAGAAGGUGAUGAGAAGGAUGCGGGUAAUUUUAGCUGGUCACCAACUCUUUUCUCUUGCACAUUGGAGACUAAAAUAAGCAAGGUGUGGGUGGUUUUUGAAGAUUAAUAAUCAUGAAACUUCAUACGCCCUUCGUUUGUGGCACACGGCCAGUGAUGAUCUUUCUGCCAACCCAAUAUCUGGGAAAUUGUGAAUAAAAAGUAAUAUAUCAGAGAAUGAACAUGGUAGGCCUUUCAUUCUAAACCCUUUUACAAGCGAACCUUUCAAAAGUACGAGUUAGCUUGGAUCAAGAAAUCCAUUGUUUGUAAUUUUGGACUCAUGAUGUUGUUGAUUCUUGAUGUUGGAUCUUCAAUGGGAGUCAUUUGUUUGUUUUUGCGAGGAAGAAAACUUGAACGUGGACGUGAUGUAAUCACGAGAACAACCCAUUAUUGUACUA